AUGAGUAAGGGUUGUCUUGUUCAGUGCUCAGCAAACUACAUGCCCUUGUCACCUAUAAGCUUCUUAGAGCGAGCAGCUGUCGUCUAUGGCGACAAGGUUUCGAUCGUCUACGGUGGCCAGAGAUUUUCAUGGAAGGAGACGCAUCAAAGAUGUUUCAAGGUCGCUUCAGCUUUUGUCCACCUGGGGAUAUCCCGCCACGACGUUGUGAGUAGCUAUUAA